GUCAGGACAAUCGACAUAUUUGGGAAAAAAAAUCCCCUGCAAAUGUGGUUAUCAUACGUCAGCUGAUCAGGCAAAUACAACAGGGAUUGAAGCAGAAAGCACGCCAGGUGCAGGGAGCAGCACAGGUGUACCUAGGGCUACAGAAGAUCCAACCCCACAAAGCAGUUCAGCUUUAAAAACAGUUAAUCCUGAAAUGCACAGGAGCUCAAGCAUAGUCGAAGCUGCAGGAGAUCCAGCCACACAAAACAUUUCAAGUGUCGGCACAGUUCCAGCUGACCAGAGAGCGGAGAGGAGCUCAAGUUCAGGGAGCUGCCAACUUCCCACUAUGUCAGUCAGUGAAACUCCAAUUCAGAUAAAGUGUGCAUUAUGUAAUGAAGGCAUAAACGUGGAACUAUUUUCUGAACAUUUAUCUGACUUUCAUGCAGAGCAAUGUUGUGAACAUUGUGGGAAAAAGGUCACGGGUGCUGUUGGUUUGCUUCAUCAUAUUGAAGAAGGUCAUGAUCGACCAGGACAAACAGGCCAAACAUCACCAUCUAUUCCAGACCAACAUCCAGCAUUUAAAUUACAACAUGGGAUAACAGCAACUUCACCCCAGAAACCAGCAGCCUCUUCCCAGAAACCAGUAAUACUUCCCGGGAAACCAGCACUUCAGCCACAACAGCGCCUUGCACCAGUGCAACACCCCCAAGCAACUCCUUCAGUUGCUCCUUCAGUUGCUUCUUCAUCUAUUCCCCACCUUAGGCCUCCGGAGGUGAAUUGGGUCAGCUUUCUUCCCAAGCAGUUUUUGCAGGUCAUCAAGCCAGCAGACCAGGAAUGGAUUGCCCAGUGCCUCUACAACCCUACUGGACAGUUUAAACAACAAUUCUCACAAAACUGGUUCCAUCCACCCCGUCUACCAAAGAUGAUGAAUGAACCUCCAGAUCCCCUGGUCUACUUUAGGCAGAGGAUGUUUUUAUGGGCACCAAUGCGGAUGUGGGGUAUUCCUCUGAAGUGUCAUCAAUGCAACACCAAGAUGCAUCACUCUGGGAUCUACACAAAGGUCAGAGAAGUUAUAGAUCUCGAUUCAAGAUAUUAUGUGAUUGGUUAUUUAUCCACGGUGCAGUAAAUGCAUGAUACCUGUUUGUCCAUGGAGCACAGAGGUGCUAAAUCAGUUAGAUCCUGCCCAUAGAAACAAGUUUCCAGCCAUUCUCACCACACAACUGGCUCUGGACAAAAGACGUGUGACUUUGCUCAAAUCACGCACUUUUGGAAAUAGCUCCAGUUAUGUACAACAAGCAUUAGAAGAACUGCAUAGUGAGGAGUGGGCAAAGCGCACUAUCGAUUAUCUGACUGACUGUGAGCUUCACAAGAAGAAGAGCGCCCUAACAAGUAUCCAUGAAGUGAUCUACCAGAAUCCACCAGAGUUUAGCCCCCUUCCACUUCACAGUGGAUUGAGACGGUGCAUGCCAAUGAAAUACUGUCUCACUUUUCUGAGAUGAAGGGUGUCAUCACCUCAACAUAUGGAAGGAUUUUAAAGCUUGAUUCAACCAAAAAGAUCACCAAGAAACUUGCUGGUGGAAUUUCUGAGACUGCAACCUGGAUGACAAACAUCACCAAUGAAUAUGGCCAGGUUCCGAACUGUGUGCUGACCACAGGGGAAGGAGCAGGUUGGAGGAACUGUGCCAAGGAAUUGUUAUGCGCUUCCAGAAUGCUGGGGAACCAGAGCCACAAGUCCUUUAUGUUGAUAGAGACUGAUGUAGUGAAUCAGGUGUGCCUCCGGUGCUUGAGUGGUUUCGACUUUGGAAAACUAAAGUGAGGCUUGACAUCUUUCAUUACAUGAGGCGAUUCACAACCGGUCUCACCACAGAACUUCAUCCUCUUUAUGGAACUUUCUGCUCCAAGUUGUCCUGCUGCGUUUUUGAAUGGGAUCGAGAUGAUGUCAGCUGCCUUAAAGAAGCAAAGAGGUCAGAGCUGAAGAAAAAAUAUGCUGGUCAUCCUCCCACAUUAAUUCUAGUGAGCUUGCUAAACAUUGCAGAGGAAGGACAAGAGGGGUAGAAGAAACCCGGAACCUCAUUCAGGAAUUAUUAAACUCCAUGUGGGAACUGACUGACACCUCAGGUCUCCGCCUGAUCAACCCUGAGAGCAUGACUCGUGUGGCAAAUGCAGCAGAAGCACCUGCCAUGCAUCCAAGAUCCACCUGGUGUUGAACUGUACACCAAGCUUCACUCAGCACAAAAGGGAGACAAAGAAGUUCAAACCUUCAGAUGUGGCAGGGGCUCGUCUUCAGUUGAAAGCUUUCAUCGACACCAGUGUUCCUUCAUACCAGGUAAACUGUGAAUUGGUAUAUUUGAUGUCAUUCAUUUUUG